CGAAGUGUGUUGACUGCUGUUUAUAAUAUUUGUAAAUGAUAUUUUGGCGUAAAACUAAAAAUUUCAAUUAAUUAAAUUCAAAUGGAACAUAUUAUUGAACUCUAACAGAUAUAUUAUUGAGUUGUAAAUACAAAAAUACCAAACAAUGGCCGACAAACUAACUCUCGAUAAACAUGAAAUGAAAGAUCGGGCUACGGCCCAUCUUAGAAUAUACGUCGGUGGUCUCAAGGACGAUGCAACUGUGGACGAUGUUUACAAUCAUUUCAUUGAAUACGGCCAGAUAGACGGCAUUGUAGUAAGCCGGGUUUUCGGUUUUGUUCAGUUUCAUCAGGAAUCUAGUGCGAAUGAAGCUAUUGCUAAAGCCAACGGUAGUGUGUUUCAAGGGAAGAAAAUAACAGUGAGACCUGCAAAUAUCAAUGGGCCACUAGUAAGGCGAGAAUCAGAAGUAGUUAAUAUAAAACCAGAUGUACAACCAGCUGUUGCCCUUAAUGAUAAUCUAUCGGCUUUAGAAGAUGUUCCUGAUGAACCCUAUGAUAGCUAUGGCAACUAUAUUGGAGACAAAAGAGAUGACUAUGAAGAUUUUGGGCGGGAUUCACUGCGUGGAGGGCUUCGGGGCAGAGGACGAGGCAGAGGCAGGGGUCGAGGCGGUCCAGUAGGAGCGUUUAGAGAUCACUCACCACCUAGAGGUAAAGACUGGUCUGAGAAUAGGUCUUACGAUCGUUUUUCUCAGCCCGAGUAUCCGCGCGCAUUGCCGUUGCCAGACAAAAAUGAUUGCGAAAUUAUCGUCGUGUCUAAACCGCUAACAGAGUACGCAGAGUAUAUAGAAGGACGACUCAAACGGUUGGGAAUAGUCGUGGAUCUACUUUUCCCGAUGGAGGAUGUUCCAAUCGGCAAAGUUUUGGGAAAUAUUGCUUCACGCGGCUGUCUGUACGCCAUACUCGUGACGCCGGAGAACCAGGAUCACAGGUCCCUGACGCUUACGAUCCUCCAUGGAUUACCACAAGAACACCGUAACAUACCACUGGAGGACGCCUUACAACUGAUGUCCCGCGACUUCCAAGAGGUGAAACGCGGCGGUCCUUCUGGAAGGGAGGCUGUCUACGCUCUGUUGGGGCAAUUGGCAGAUGGACGCACUCUAACAGUAUCGCAGUACGACAAAGUCAUCGAGUACUUGCAGGAUCGUCGGGAACAACAAUCAAAAGUAGAACUAGGUGAAUCCGGCCCGCCCAGCAAAACCCAAGUCGACUUGCAGCAGAGAAUACUUAGCAUUCUCAACGAUAAAAAAGUCGCCCCUGCGAUCGAACCCCCGAAACCGGAACAACAGAGCAAACUACUGAAUGACCCCACCGUCAGAAAAGCUUUAGAUUCAAUAUUACAAAAAAUUGUAUGAUAUUUUAUGUAUGAGUUUUAGGCUAAGAUGUCUGAAUAAUACAUAAUUAUAUGAAGCAGGAUAAGUUAUUUUUUUUAAAAUUAAAACUUAUUAAAUUUGCCCAAUCAGACAUCGAAUUCUAGCUUACUUAUUGUUUGGAACUCUGUUCCGUCAAAGCAAAAUUGACCUAAUGUUACUCAUUUCUGAGUCACAAAUUUUGUAAUCCUAUGAUUAUUUUACAAGAGCGCUCGAUGUACCGAAAUAAUAUGGCGUCUGGCUAAUAAUUUUCGUUUUAAAAUCAUACAUUUUAUACUAUUGAUUUAUAGUU